AUGGCUAUAAUAAUCUUGAUUUUGUUUAUUCGUUCAGGUGAACAGUGCGAAUCUCCGACAUUCAGCGUAAAGUCUCAUACGACAAAAGAUGCUCGUUUAACAGCAGAAACAGCUGCUUCAGUUGAAAUUACAGUAAAAUGUAAAAAUGCCAAAGGCAGGACGGGACCACUUUAUGCUGAUAUUAACGGUUAUAUUAUUCCAUGUGGCCAAUCUAGUAAAAAUCUUGAAAAAUACUAUAUUAGUCUUGCUGGCACUCACAAACAAGUUCCACAGGGCAAAUAUACCAUUAAACUCUAUGAUGUCGAGAGUUAUUCAAUUCUGAGAAAAGCACGAAAUGAAGAAGCCGCUAAAUCUGUAAAAGCAUUUGGAGAAGUGGAUUUUCAUCAUUCUGGUGUUAGUACGGGACCAUGGAUUCAAAGUGAAUUUUUUGCAGCUGUUCUCUUCAUCGGUGUUUGGUGGUUCUCCUAUGUCAAUCCGUUAUUUCAAUCGCCACAGGUGACAAGUAAUGAUAGUAUUUCGAAUGGGUUGAUGUUAUUAAAUAAAAUUGAAUUGGGAAAUAUAAUACAAUUAUUUCGUGUUGAAACUGGAAAAGAAAUGGCUUUACAGCGUUUACAAAAAAUACAUGAUCAAUCACUCUCAUCUGAUGCUAUGGAGAAUCAGAUAAAUUAA